UGCUUAUCGUCUGGGUGGUGGCCUGUGGCCGUUGCUAUGAGCUGCCCACGACUUGCCGAAACCACAAGCGUCGUCGCUACUGCUCAUCACAGUCGACGAGCGACAGAACACGCCUACCGAUAAGGGCUCUUCCGUCGCUCGGAUCAGGAAGGGCGACCCAACCAUCGUGUAGAUCUGCAAAGAUGCUGUUCAAGACACUCGUUGGCUUCGUGCUGGCUCUCUACAGUUGCAAUGCGACUAUCACGCUGCCUGUGAAGCGAGUCAGUCUGGACAGCACGUCUUCAAUCGCUACAAAGGUGGCCCGACGUAAUGCACACCUUGGCUUCACGACGCAUGUCAAGGUGACCACCAAUGCGGCAUGGCUCGUCGAGAUCGGCAUCGGCAAUCCUGCCCAUCCGGUCAACUUCCAGAUUGACAGCGGAAGUGCUCUCACUUUGACGGGCAUCGAGCAUGGAUAUCGUCAUACAAAGACCACAAAGAAUACCUCGGUCGCUUUUGAUGAAAAUUUUGGAGAUCAGAGCGAUGUCAAAGGAUUCCUUGUACAAGACCGCUUCUCUCUGUCACAUGGCGUGCCAUUCAAAGCUUACCUCGGCGCAGCUUUUAAGAAUGACUUCUUCGUCGCCGCCGAGCCAGGCAGGUCCGGCGUCUUGGCCUUGGGCAACAGGGCUAUGUUCGAUCAGACCUUGAGCAAUCAGUCGAACACCAUUCCAACCUUUACCGAGAGCUUGCAACACGCCAAGCUGAUCGAGGAAAAGAUCGUCACGCUCAACCUGCGUGAACCUGCCAGCAUUCACUUUGGCACUGCCGAUUGGAGCAAGAGCAAGGGACCGAUCGCAUACAUGCCUCGCAAAAAUAUUGGACCUACUUCGUACUGGGCUUGCGACGUCUAUAUGCCAUCGCUCGGCGUCACAGCAAAGCGCAACCAGAAUGCUACGAGCAUGAUCGAUUCUGGUACUGAGCUGACCUUCCUUGCUCGGGCGCCUCUGCUUGUGUACUAUGAAAAGAUCAAAGAGAUUGGCGGUGUCUACAACGCGAGCACCGACUUCUUCCAGUUUCCAAAGGGAGCCAUACCUCCUGCUAUAGACAUCACCAUCGGCGAGACGCUACUGCCGCUGCCUGGUAAAGCUCAACUCUUGGCCGAUCGCCUCAAAGUGCCCAACGGACUAGAUCCAUCGCUGGACUAUUCGGUCAUCUUGCCCGCACAAGAUGGUGCAGAGACGUCGCUUAUUGGAGCCACGCUCCUCAGCCAUUACAGCAUCGUCUUUGAUUCCGAGCGCGACCGUAUCGGCUUCAGUCUUCGAGCAUAGCGACGAUAUGUCAAAUCCGAGCGGGGUCUGUUGAGCGAUUGCAUCCGCUUUUAUGCGUGCAGCACGGGAAACACUGCAUGACGUCGAGAUAAACAAGCCUCUUUGGUCUCAUUCCGCGCCAAAUCUUCCACUUGUUACGCCGUACCAACGACUGAACAACAAUCAGUCUGACACC